UUCAGUUCGUCGCUGAUCUUCUCUCUAGCUGUCGUCCCCAAACAACCGCCGAGUCAUGUCCAAUAAAACCUGUUGCCGAGGACCGGGUUACGCAACCCCGCUGGAUGCCAUGAGGAGUGGUCCCCGCGAGAAGCUCCUCUACACGGUCACCGUUCAGCCCAACCUGGACGAGCCCCACGGCGACUAUCUGUCCACAGUCGAUGUGGAUCCCGGGAGCCCCACCUACUGCCAGAUAGUGCACCGUACAUUUACAAACCGAAAGGGUGACGAACUGCAUCACUCUGGCUGGAACGCCUGCUCCAGUUGUUACUACGUCGAUGAGAACUCGAAAAGCGUUCCGAAAAGGGAUCGUUUGGUCCUGCCGGCCUUGAACUCAGACUUUAUAUAUAUACUCGAUGUGGUUAAGGAUCCCCGAAAGCCCGAGAUUAUCAAGACCAUCGAUGGCGAUGUGUUGAAGAGCCACAAUGUUACGGGUCCCCACACCACUCACUGCCUGGCCAAUGGAAAUAUUAUGAUAUCCGUCAUGGGCGAUGCUGAGGGAUAUGCCAAGGGUGACUUCAUCCUCUUCGAUUCGGACUUCAACUGCAUCGGAACUUGGACCAAGGGAGAAAAGAAGGCGUUGUGUGGCUACGAUUUCUGGUAUCAGCCAUACUUCGACGUGAUGGUCUCUUCGGAGUGGGGAGCCCCCAACAAAUGGCGACGAGGCUGGAAGAAUGGUGACCUCGAUGACAUGACCCAGUACGGCUGUCGUCUGAACUUCUACAAAUGGUCCACGCAGACUCUCUAUCAAACAAUCGAUCUGGGUUCGGAUGGCAUAACUCCCUUGGAGAUUCGCUUCCUUCACGACCCUAAACGAGCAGAAGGAUUCGUGGGCUGUGCCCUCAAUGCCAAGGUGUUCUACUUCAAGAAGAAAGCUGAUUCGGAUGAGUUUGAGGCCAAGAAGGUGAUCGAUAUUCCCGAAAAACUGGUGGACACCGGCAGUGGAAAGGCCGAGGCCAUGGGCGGCAUGAUCUCGGACAUCAUCAUAUCCCUGGAUGACCGAUUCCUCUAUGUCAACUGCUGGCGACAUGGCGAUGUGAGACAAUACGAUAUUACUGAUCCCGAAAACCCGAAGCUAACAGGACAGCUCUUCCUGGGAGGUGCCAUUUGCAGUGAUUUGCCCAAUGUGAUUGUCAAGGAAGAUAAGGAAUUGAAGGAGCGACCGCCAGCUCGGUAUGUUAAGGGUCGCCGAUUGGAGGGAGGCCCACAAAUGAUGCAGCUGUCUCUUGAUGGCAAGCGUUUAUAUGUCUCCUCGUCAUUAUAUUCCCCCUGGGAUAAGCAGUUCUAUCCCAAAAUGGUCACCCAAGGCGGUCAUAUUGUCCUGAUUGACGUGGAUACCGUGAAUGGAGGAAUAUCCCUGAACGAAGACUUCUUGGUGGACUUUGGCAAGGAGCCCUAUGGUCCCGCCCUGCCCCAUGAGAUGCGUUAUCCUGGCGGUGACUGUACCUCCGACAUUUGGCUGGCUAAUGAUGCUUAGGUCCAGUCCAUAUAUCUAUUCUAGUUCAUAUAUAUUCUGAUAGUCCAAUACACUGUAACUGAGCUUUAACAAAUGUAUUCCUAUAUAGAAUAUAUUUUAAAAAUCCA